ACAGUCCUUCAAUAGCUAUGUGUGUCAUCCUCAGACCUGUACAUAUGAUAUUAAACUGCAGAGAGUAAUGGUGCUAGAGUCUGUGAAGGCUGACUGAAUGAUGGCUGCCAGGUCAGGGCUGCUGGGCUCAGCUGUGUGCCGAUGGAAGGGACGGAGGCCCGACAGCGGAGGCUGGAAGGCUGUGGCAGGCUGAAGGAGCUGGGGCCAUCACCCAACCACGGUGCAGGAAGACUCCCAGAGGCUUCCGAUGAUGGACAUCAGGGGGUCUCUGAGAGCCAAAGUAUGGACCCCAAAUCACUGGAGGCUGAGAGUGGCAGGGAGAGCGCCCUGGUCAUUGGCCUUCAGGUGCUAAUACCCUUCCUGCUCGCAGGCCUGGGGCUGUCCUGGGCUGGCUUGCUUCUGAACUAUUUCCAGCACUGGUCAGUGUUCCGGGAGGUUAAAGACUUGCUGACAUUGGUGCCACCCCUGGUGGGUCUGAAGGGAAACCUGGAGAUGACACUGGCCUCUCGACUCUCUACAUCUGCCAACACUGGGCAAAUCGAUGACCGCAGGGAGAGGUACAAAAUCAUCAGCAGCAACCUUGCUGUGGUUCAGGUGCAGGCCACUGUUGUGGGGCUCCUGGCUGCACUGGCCUCCCUGCUACUGGGUGCAGUGUCCCACGAGGAGUUGGAUUGGGCUAAGGUAGCAUUGCUGUGCACAAGCAGCAUCAUCACUGCCUUUCUUGCCGCCUUGGCCCUAGGGAUUCUAAUGACCUGCAUAGUGGUUGGUGCUCGGAAGUUCGGGGUCAACCCUGAUAACAUCGCCACACCCAUCGCAGCCAGCCUGGGAGACCUCAUCACACUAUCCAUCUUGGCCCUGAUAAGCAGCUUCUUCUACAGGCACAGAGACAUGUGGUAUCUGACACCACUGGUCUGCAUCGGCUUCAUGGCUCUGACUCCUCUGUGGAUCUUCAUUGCCAAGCAGAACCCUCCCAUCAUGAGGAUCCUGAAGUAUGGGUGGUUCCCCAUCAUCCUGGCUAUGGUCAUCAGCAGUUUCGGAGGCCUCAUCUUAAGCAAAACCAUUUCUAAACAUCAAUUUAAAGGCAUGGCUGUCCUUACUCCCGUCAUAUGUGGUGUUGGUGGCAACCUGGUGGCCAUUCAGACCAGCCGCAUCUCCACCUUCUUGCACAUGUGGAGCACACCUGGGAUCCUCCCUGUCCAGAUGAAAAGAUUCUGGCCUAACCCAUGCUUCACUUUCUGUUCCUCAGAAAUCAACUCCAUGUCAGCUCGAGUCCUGCUGUUUCUGGUGGUCCCAGGACAUCUGAUUUUCUUCUACCUCAUCUGCCUGGUGGAAGGCCAGUCAGUGACAAGCAGCAAGAUCUUCCUGGUGCUGUAUCUGGUGGCAGGCAUGGUCCAGGUGAUAAUCCUGCUGUACCUGGCAGAAGUGAUGGUUCGGCUGACCUGGCACCAGGCCCUGGAUCCUGACAACCACUGUAUCCCAUACCUCACAGGCCUGGGGGACCUGCUGGGCACCAGCCUCCUGGCACUUUGCUUCCUCCUGGACUGGCUAUUGAGGGGCAGAGCUGAUUUUGAAGAGCUGGUUUCUGCACCUCCCUGACUGAGGCUGCCACCUGCAGGUCUCCGUGGGACUUUCCCUCGUGUCCAGUGUCCAGCAGACUGUUC